AUGGCGUCCGCCAUUGUUGUCGCUGCCAACGCUGCUGGAUAUGGAAUGAACAAUGGUUAUGGAAUGAACAAUGGUUACGGAAUGAACAAUGGUUACGGAAUGAACAAUGGCAAUGGAAUGAACAACGGUGGACGUUACAAGCGCGCUGCCUAUGGAGGAAUGGGCGGAGGAAUGGGUGGAAUGGGCGGUAUGCCUGGUAUGGGAAUGGGCGGUAUGGGAAUGGGCGGUAUGGGCGGAAAAGGAAUGGGCGGUAUGGGAAUGGGCGGUAUGCCUGGUAUGGGAAUGGGCGGCAUGGGCGGAAAAGGAAUGGGCGGUAUGGGUAUGGGCGGUAUGCCUGGUAUGGGAAUGGGCGGAAAAGGAAUGGGCGGUAUGGGAAUGGGCGGUAUGCCUGGUAUGGGAAUGGGCGGAAAAGGUAUGGGAAUGGGCGGUAUGUCUGGUAUGGGAAUGGGCGGAAAAGGAAUGGGCGGUAUGGGAAUGGGCGGUAUGCCAGGUAUGGGCGGAAAAGGAAUGGGCGGUAUGGGAAUGGGCGGUAUGGGCGGAAAAGGAAUGGGCGGUAUGGGAAUGGGCGGUAUGCCUGGUAUGGGAAUGGGCGGUAUGGGCGGUAUGAUGGGCGGUAAAGGAGGCAUGGGAGGAGGUAUGGGCGGUAUGCCUGGUAUGGGAAUGGGCGGUAUGGGCGGUAUGAUGGGAGGAAAAGGAGGAAUGGGCGGCAUGGGCGGUAUGAUGGGCGGUAAAGGAGGCAUGGGAGGAGGUAUGGGCGGUAUGCCUGGUAUGGGAGGCAUGGGCGGUAUGAUGGGCGGAAAAGGAGGCAUGGGCGGAGGAAUGGGUGGCAGAUACUAG